GGGUGAGAGGAGGAGUGCGACUAGUGGUGUGUGGCCUUGCACUAAACUUAUCUCGUUGUAGAGAGAGAGAGAGAGAGAGAGAGAGCUAGAGAGAGAGAGAGAGAGAGAGAGCUAGAGAGAGAGAGAGAGAGAGAGAGAGAGAGCAGUAGGAAGGACUCGGAAAACGGCAUACUGCAACCUCAUGCUCUCGUAAAGCUCUGGCGAACCGGCACCACUGAAACAGAAUAAGAUCCACCAUCGGGAACAACGAUACAAAGUCAUCCCGAAGAAGAGAAAUAACGGAUGAUAAUAGGGAAUAGUUCGGGCUACUUUAUUUAUUUACAAGUCCUCAAAGGUAGAAACAGUCGCGGUUCAGUCUAUGAAAGAUUAACUAGCAAUAUAUUUAGCAUAGAAUAAUGUCGAACUCCAACAUAUGAGGGUUAUUAAAGCUUCUGCCAAACAGACAGAGUGAAACUUUAAAGCAGCAGGACUGAAGCGAUUGAGCCGAACGGAAAUGGAACCGCAGUUGAUUUGCUGUGAAGUGGAUAGUUUUCGAAGGGCCUACCUCGACAGCAACUUGCUCAAUGAUAGAGUUCUACAUGCGUUGUUACGAGCAGAGGACUACUAUCUACCAGCCACCAACUAUUUCAAAUGCGUCCAAAAAGAAAUCGCACCGUACAUGAGAAGAAUAGUUUCGACUUGGAUGUUAGAGGUGUGUGAGGAGCAGAAGUGCGAGGAGGAUGUCUUCCCGCUGGCCAUGAACUACUUGGACCGCUUCCUCUCUGUGGAGCCCACCAAAAAGGGACACCUUCAGCUGCUGGCAGCCGCCUGCAUGUUCCUGGCCUCCAAGAUGAGGGAAACCAUUCCCCUGACCGCCGAGAAGCUCUGCAUAUACACAGACAACUCUAUCUCACCCGGGCAGCUGCGGCAAAUGGAGCUGCUGGUUCUGACCAAACUGAAGUGGGACCUGGCUUCUGUGACGCCACUGGAUUUCCUCGACCUCUUCAUGUCCCGGCUGCCAAUAAGAACAGAGAACAGGCCCAUUCUCAGGAAGCACGCUCAGACCUUUGUGGCCCUCUGCGCUACCGAUGUCAAGUUCAUCGCCAGCCCCCCCUCCAUGGUUGCCGCGGGCAGCCUGGUGGCAUCAGUGAAGGGCUUGCAGAUGAGGAUUGUGGGUAAUGCCAUGACAGAACAGAAUCUGACGGAGAACCUGGCGCAGAUCAUCAGAAGUGAUCCGGACUGUUUGAGGGCAUGUCAAGAACAAAUUGAGUCUCUGUUUGAAAUGAGCCUAUGCCAGGCCCAACUACAGACUCAGCAGCCCCACUCGGGAACCACGGCAACCAAGGGAGUGAUGGACGGGGAGAGCCAGGAGCUUUCGGCCACGCCCACCGACGUGCGGGACGUCAACAUCUGAUCGGACGCCGUCUCUCGGUGACAGAGUUUCCACGGAUACGGAUCAUUGGGAGAAGAAGAGAGGGAUGGAGAGAGACGUUUGGACUUCUAAAACUAGGUUAAUCUUUUCUAUCUCAGGCACACGUAAAAGUGCAGGGAAAGGAUUCACUCAAUUGUUUUGAUACAACCUCUCUCCGUUCUCGCCCCUCCCUAAGAGAGCCACCGCAAAGACAAAUAUACGUUAACAAAAAGUUAUGUUAUGGAAUUAUAGAGUCCGAGAGAGAGGUCAUCCUCCUCUGUCAUGAGUUUCUCCUAUUUAUCCAUGCGAGCAGUUUGAACUAUGUGUGUUAGAAAAAACAAUAGCCAUAUGGACUGGUAAAACGAAGAAAAUGACGAAGAGGAGGAAGAACGAAGACAUCGAUGCCAGCUGCAUCGCAGACGCCACUGAAGAACCAGACAUUGGUCUGCUUGGCAGUACAAAGAUUAAGCUAAAAGAGAGAAGGACUUUUAUUUUGUAUUUUCGGAUCAGGUGGUUCUGUACACCUGCUGUAUAAUAGAGAGUGUGCAGACUUGGCCAGUAGUGUUUGGCAUUACGAGGUAAUGUGAGCGUGGAAGUGGAUGAAAGAUUAAAAAAAAUAUAACUGCCGUGGAAUAUAAAGAAAAAAACGCAAAAAUAAAAAUAACAAUGAAGCCUUAGUUUAUUGAUUAUCGUUAGAUUUAUUCAAGGCCUUGGGUACAAAAAUAGAGCUUUUGUAAUGGAUGACAGGUGAUGGAAACCUUGCUAUUUUGAGAUGUUAUCCGCGCAUGAAAUUGUUUAUGACUUGUAUCCGUGUAUGUAUGAUGAUGAAGAUGUGUUCUGGACUUUGUAAACACUACCAGGUUGAAAAGUACAUUCCUAUGUUUACCUCAGAACACAAGGAAAUAUAUGUAUUUUUACAUUGAAA